GAGAGGUAUGAAGCGAAAGGAGCCGCUGACCACUUCGUUAGCCCGGGAGACUUGAAGCUCUUCUCUUCGGGUGGAAGAGCUCCGCCUCUUUCGGCGGCUUUGUCCCGCCCGUUUGAACCCACCCUCGGGGAAAUAAGAAGCGCGGGAGGGGGGGGGGGUGAGAGAAAGAGAGGGCAUUUAGGGGCGGCAACAAGGACGCGUUUCGGAGUCGGGCUCUUUAAAAACGGCGCGCGAAGCGAGAUGCGGAUAGAAGAGGAGCAAAAGCGCGCCAGCAAAGGCGGGGGAAGCUCAGUCUCCUGAAGCCACCAGAACGUCGACGACGCGGGCAAGAGCACUCCUCGGUCUUCUCUCUCUGGACUCUCUUUGGCGGCGUUUCUGAAGGGCAGGCAUGCCAGUCUCCCUUUCCAGGAGAGCCGCCUUCCUCCCGCGCGGCACCAUGCUGCUUCUCGCCCUCCUGGGCUUCUUGGGCUCCGGCCGGCUGCCUUCCCCAGCUUUAGCGGGAGGCGGAGGCUGGUCGGGGAAGCGGCCCCGGAGCUGCCCGGCCGCCUGUCACUGCGAGCCCGACGCCACGCUUUGGAGAGCGGACUGCGCCGACCGGGGCCUGGACGGCGUCCCCGCCAACCUCAGCCUCUUCACCUCCUACCUUGAUCUCAGUAUGAACAACAUCUCUAAGCUGCCAUCAAACGUUCUGCACAAUCUUCGUUUCCUGGAAGAGCUACGUCUAGCCGGAAAUUGUUUGACACACAUCCCCAGAGGAGCAUUUGCUGGACUUUUCAAUCUCAAAGUAUUAAUGCUUCAAAACAAUCUGCUAAAACAAGUUCCCUUGGAGGCCCUGCAGAACCUCCGCUCUCUCCAGUCUCUACGUCUGGAUGCUAACCACAUCAGCUUCGUGCCUCCCAACUCUUUCAGCGGCUUGGUUUCACUCAGACACCUGUGGCUAGAUGACAACGCUUUGACAGAAAUUCCAGUACAAGCUUUCAGGAGUUUGCCAGCACUUCAAGCAAUGACACUGGCACUGAACAAAAUACACCACAUUCCAGAUUACGCUUUUGGAAAUCUCUCCAGUUUAGUUGUUUUACAUCUCCAUAACAAUAGAAUCUACUCUCUGGGAAAGAAAUGCUUUGAUGGUCUCCACAGCCUAGAGACUUUAGAUCUAAAUUACAACAAUCUCAAUGAAUUUCCUAUUUCUGUCAGAGCGCUCAGAAACCUGAAAGAACUAACAUUUCACAACAAUAAUAUCAGAUCAAUACCUGAACAGGCAUUUGUGGGCAAUCCAUCACUUAUAGCAAUCCAUUUCUAUGAUAAUCCUAUUCAGAUUGUGGGGAAAACAGCCUUUCAGCACUUACCUGAACUCAGAACCUUGACAUUAAAUGGUGCUUCACAGAUAACAGAGUUUCCUGAUCUGACUGGGACAACAAGUCUGGAAAGCCUGACCCUUACAGGAGCUCAGAUCACAUCUCUUCCUGAAACAGUGUGUGAUCAGCUUCCUAACCUUCAAGUACUAGACCUCUCAUAUAAUCGUCUGGAAGAUUUGCCCCAUUUUACUGCUUGCAAAAAACUUCAGAAAAUCAAUUUACAUCAUAAUGAAAUAUAUGAAGUACAAGUGGAUACCUUUCAGCAGCUAGCUUUUCUGCGUUCACUGGAUCUAUCAUCCAACCUUUUGUCCUCUUUUCCUGUAACUGGUCUAUAUGGUUUAACUCAUCUAAAAUUAACAGGAAAUCACAAACUACAAAGUUUGAUAUCAUCUGAAAACUUUCCAGAACUCAAGAUGAUAGAAAUGCCUUAUCCCUACCAGUGCUGUGCAUUUGGAGCUUGUGACAGUUAUUACAGAAUACAAAACCAAUGGAAUAAAGAUGAGAAUAACAGUGCAGAUGAAUUUCAGAUGAAAGAUGCUGUUAUCUUCCAUGCUCACGAUGACCACGACUUUGAAGAUUUUCUUCUUGACUUCGAUGAAGAUCUGAAAGUUCAUCAUUCAGUACAGUGCACUCCUUCUCCAGGACCCUUCAAGCCUUGUGACUUCCUUUUUGGCAGUUGGCUAAUCAGACUUGGUGUUUGGACCAUCGUGGUUCUGGCCUUUAUUUGCAAUGCAUUAGUAGUUGCAACAGUCUUCAGAUUUUCGCUGUUCACCUCCUCCAUAAAGCUGUUAAUUGGACUAAUAGCCAUUGUGAACGCUCUCAUGGGUGUGUCCAGCAGUGUACUGGCUGUUGUGGACGCACUGACUUUUGGAGUUUUUGCAAAGUAUGGGGCUUGGUGGGAAGAUGGAGUUGGUUGCCAUGUCGUUGGCAUUCUUUCCAUCUUUGCUUCCGAGGCUUCAAUUUUCUUGCUUACUUUAGCAGCUCUUGAGCGUGGGUUCUCUGUGAAACAUGCCACAAAGUUUGAGAUAAAACCCACUCUUGCUAGUAUAAGAAUAGCCAUUGUCUUUUGCUUUGUAUUGGCUUUAAUUAUUGCUGUGAUUCCCAUAUUGGUUGGCAGUGAGUACGGAGUUUCUCCUUUAUGCAUACCAUUACCUUUUGGGAAGCCAACCGAUGUGGGGUAUAUGGUAGCUCUAGUUUUAUUGAACUCUCUCUGCUUUCUUGUAAUGACAAUAGCCUAUACAAAACUCUAUUGCAGUCUGGAAAAGAGAGAAUUGGACAAUAUUGUGGAUUGUUCCAUGGUUAAGCAUAUAGCUUUAUUACUAUUCACUAACUGCAUUCUCUAUUGUCCUGUGGCCAUUUUAUCCUUUUCUUCUUUAUUAAAUCUUACUUUUAUUAGCCCAGAGAUAAUGAAACCCAUCCUUCUCGUGAUUGUCCCCUUACCCGCAUGUCUAAACCCACUUCUGUACAUACUUUUUAACCCCCAUUUCAAGGAAGACUUAGGGAGUCUUCGAAAGCAAACAUUUGCAUGGAAAUCAAAGCAUGCCAGUUUGGUCUCUGUUAAUUCAGAGGAUGCAGAGAAACAGUCAUGUGAUUCAACACAGGCUCUUGUCACUUUUGCAAGCAACAGAAUAUCAUAUGAUAUUGCCUCCAACAAUUUACUAGUGCCAGCAUCCUAUCAAAUGAGUGAAAGCUGCAAUCUGUCCUCGGUAACGUUUGUUCCUUGCCGUUAGCUUCAUCUCAAGGGUACCUUUGAUGUUUACAAAAUUAUCAAUCCCAGAUUAAGUGAAUGUCUGUGCAUUUCUUAUGCUGAAAGAGGAAAAUAAUUCUCUGUUCUGCUUGUGUCAAAAAUGGAAAUUGUCAUCCUGAAAUGUUAACAGAUACUAUCUCAUUCUGCUUUAAACUGUGCACACAGACACAUUUGUCUGCAUUCAAUUCAAGUCUAAAAACCACUGGAUUUUACAACAGUUGCUCUAGUGCUUUGCAAUAGCUUGAGAGAGAAAAUAAGAUGAUGUUUUAAAGUUCCCAAGAAAGUAAUGGCACACUCUCCAUUCGUGGGUCUUCUUGCGAUAAUUGUGAAACCUCUUCUAGGGUGAUUGCUAAAGGAUGGAAAAUAUUAAGCAAAACUAUCUAGCCAAGUAAAAGCCACUAAACUCAGUGGGGACUUUUGAACAGAAACGUGUGGGGUUGAACUGUAAGUGAAUCCAAAUGACUGGAUACAUUAUUUAGAAUCACUUUUCAUCCUGACACAGCCUGUUAGCUUUAUACUGGGAAGACUAUUAACAUUAGUAGGCAUGUUUCACAGAAUGGAGAGAACGACAUUAUUUUCACAUGCAUUCUUAGGAGAGAGAAAAGUGAACAAAUGUAGAAAGUAUUCGUAAACAAGCUGGUUGUGUGGUUAUCAUUUUUUUUUAUCUCCAUGAGUUUUGAAGCAGUGCAGCCUGCAGGUGGAGAAUGGUUUGUAAAACCACUUUAGAUUAAACAAAAGAUGGCCUGACAAUUGCACAAUACUUAUUGCUAUGUUUAUUUAGCUUUAUUUUUACUCUGGUACAGUUAAGGGAGUGCUGCUUAAUGUGAAUGAAAUUAUUCCUCACAUGAGUACAUUUACUGUAGUAUAUGUGUUUGAGAAGUGAAUGAACACAUCUGUCGCAAGGAGGAUUGUUUUGUUCUAAAAAUGAAAAUUGAUAAAUUACAAAACAAAACAGCUUACUAUGCAUAUUAUUUUUAUAGGCAAGUUCUAAAGCUUUGAUGCAAAUAUUUUAUCUUGGAAAUGUUAAGAUUCAGUUCAGAUAUGGUUUUUUUUUCUAAAGUAGAAUUUGUAAAUAUAGAACUGUAUAUUUAUUAUUACAGUGAAAUUAUACUAAAAGAAUAAGUCAUGUACAGUUUCAUAUGGAUAUAUUUGCUAGAUUUCUAUUUUCUAUUCAUAUAUUUGACUAAAUUCACUCUCUGUAUAUAAUAUAUGUAAAUGUGUAGUGUCUGUAAAUAUGUAGAUUUGUAUUUUCUUUUCUACUGUUUCAAGUAUAUGUGAUUUGUAAUAAAAUCUGCAAUGAAGCAGAAA